AUGGCGACUUCUCUUGCUGCGCAGUUGGCGCAGAUCGCUGCCAACUCAAAGGCAACUCUCAACAUCAAAGCUCAAAAGGCUGCACAUUCCAAGUCUUUAAUCUGGGAGCCACGGGUUGCCGCCACGCAAAGUUACCAAACGCUUUAUACAAUAUGCCACCCAGGAUUCGAAGAACUUUGUCAGUUGGACAAUCGAUUCGUGCGGUUUCAAUCGACCAUUUUUGGUGAGGAGAGUCAGACCCAGGACAGAACGCAAUUGUCUGCUGGUGAAAAUGAGGAACUUGACCGCCAAGUUGAAGCGUUUCUUCGCUUGGUGGGGAGCAAACUGAGACUCAUGCCUGCAAUCAAGUCGAUUGAGUGGUUGAUUCGCAGAUUUCGCAUUCAUGAGGAGAAUACAGCACUUCUUCUUAUGACGUUCCUCCCUUAUCACUCCAUUCCUACGUUUGCCACGCUACUUUCGAUCUUGCCCGCCAAGAUUCCCCAUGAGUUUCGAUUCCUCGACCCAUACAUACGAUCGUUGACCCCUCCGCCUAGAUCAGUUAUUGUUCAUCAGGCUGUUCACCAUCCCGAAUUUCUCUCAUCUGUAUCCGAAUACACCCUUGAGUCAUGCAGAAAACAAUACCAGUAUCCGGCCAUGAUUAUGUUCUGGGGAGGUCUUAUGACUGAAUCUGUGAAUGGCAUGUUGGACAGGACGCGAUCUGGCCGCGCCUCGGUUCAAAGCGAUAAUACUCAAGCCUUGCUGCACAGGUUGGGCCCGAUCUUUGCUGAGUCGCUUGUCAUGAAAAAGGUCCCUGGCUUGCAAAUCGCUUCCUAUAUGGCAAUGGCUGUCUUUGUAUCCAAAGGAAACUUGGAAGAUAAUGCAGUCACGGCGUUCAUGCAGCAAACAGUUUACGGCUGGACAGCUGAAACCGUUCGGCCAGGCCUCGUGUGCCUUGCUAUCAUGGCACAAUUCAGGUCUGCGAAACAAAUGAACGGCAAGGUUACAAAGGCACUGAUGAAGGUCCACGACAUUGGGCCUAUGCUGGUCGAAAUUGGCAAGGAACGCAGGGUCGACAAGCUGGCGAAUGGGCUUUGCCUCGCUUUGAUUGAGCGAUUCACCAAGAAGGGUGACUCUCGGGGCCUGCCUACUAUCAUGGCCAUCCUGGGCAGCCAAAUACUCAAGGAAAAGCAAACUGCCGUCAUUUUCAAGUCCUUACUUUUGACAGCUCUGAAACUCGACGACACUAAUGACGCAGACGGUGCCCUGCGACGAGAACUCGGCUCGGCUUUGAUUGCUCUCUCACAGACCACGGGCAAAUCUGGCGACAUUAUUCAGUCCGUUAUUCAGGAGGUCGAGUUCGACAUUGAGGAGCUGGAAAUGAAAUUGGAUUUGUCGUUCAGAACCAGAAAACUUCCUGAAACAGCGGCAGCGACCGACGAUGUGGAAGUGGCCAAGAAGCCUCAAGAUUUGAGUGUAGCUGUUGAUGAGCUGGCCUCUCGGAAGGAGUCAUUAUCGCCAUGCCUCUUACCCCAACCAAACGAACUAUUCGAAGAGUUUAGCCACUUGUUCUUCUCAAUUGUCUCUGAGAGUUCGCAGCAAACAGAUAUGAUGACAAAAUUCGACGGAAUUCCGCAACUCGGACGCGACACGGCCCUCAAGGACUGCACUUACUUCAGCUUCUUCAUCCGAAUUUGGUGCGGCCCGUACCCUGCUCUCGCCCGCAUGGCAGCUCUCAAUAUGGUUAAGAACAGACUGAAGACUGGUGACGCAAACAAGAUGGACAUGCAAGCACUGGUUCCGUAUUCAGUUACAGCUUUGAGUGAUCCUUCCAAACGAGUUCGACAAGCCGCUGGUGAGCUCAUCGCAGUAAUUACCGAGCUGUAUACCCCCCCUGUCUCAGCCAAGUCAACAAAAACUUGGGGUUCUGGCCUGCUCUACGGCAAGGCCAACGAAACGCAUCCCCUUGCUGCGGAUGUCACGGCCAAGUUGCUGCACUUACAAAUUUUUCCAAGCAUUGAAGAGUGUGUGAUGGAUCCCGAGCACAUUUCAUCAAUUCUCAAGUCUGCCAUUGAGCAAGGCAAGUACCAAGUUGCGCCCCAGCCAGCCUUGGACAAGAAGGAUCACAUGGGCCAGUCCGCACGAUUGGCUGUACUCUCAUUCUUUGCCUCCCACGCUGAGUUGACUCCCUUGAUACUUGUCAAAAACAGGCUUCUGAAGUCUCUGAACAAUGUCAAGGGUGUUGGAAGCACAUCACGAACACAGGUGCUGCUGCCGUUGCUGAACUGGUGGACAACUCUUAGUGAAUCAGAGAUUCAAGCCCGAUGCGCAACAGAGCAACAGGAUGUUCCAACGCUUGACUCUCGGUUUGUGGAUGUCGUCGUGGCCAACGACACUGAGGGUCUUGAAUUUCUGUUCACGCUGCUUAAGGACCCUGCUCAAAGAGAGAAGGCAGACCUAAUGCGCGCCAUUUUUGGCCGAGUGCGAAAAAUGUGGCCAUCGAUGAAGGACGAGAUCAAGUUCAUGGUUGCGGAGCAGUUUCUGGCACUUUCCCAAGAGCCUACGUCUUCCUCAGAUGAUGAGAACACGGUUGUUUCAGCAGAGGCUUCUGAGUUGCUACGGGCGGUCCCUCUGACUACAGACAUUCUAUCCUUCUUCUUGGACUCCAUCCAGACUGGCACGAAGAUGAUCACGGAGCCGCCACCAAACAAGCGUCGGCGCACGAGCUCUACGGAUGCCAGCCGAAGUCUCAUAACUCAGGUGACACCAGAACUUAGCCAGGCACUGCGUAAAGUUACCUUUGUCCUGCAGCUUGUUGAUAACUCGGAUCCUCUUUCGCAUCCCGAGUUACUAGACGGUCUUUUUACAGCCCUCUCGGAACUGCAACACUUUAGAACAGUGGUUGGUUCAGAACUUGGCUACUUGCAGAACUUGAUCCUUCGCAGCCUGUUGGCCAUGAUGCCUGCUUACAAGGCCGACAAGGAGUUGAAGAUUGACAGCUCUGGCGGUUAUGGUGAUUUGCUUGUUAACUGCAUCCAGAAGUCGUCCAGUCCUGUGGUCCAAAACGCCGCGCUUCUGUUGGUUGCCAAUCUUGCCACAACUGCGCCUAAUCUUGUUUUGCACAGUGUCAUGCCAAUCUUUACCUUCAUGGGUACAUCUGUGCUGCGGCAAAGCGACGAUUAUUCUGCCCAUGUAGUCUCUCAAACCAUCAAGGAGGUUGUUCCUCCCUUGAUCGAGUCACUCCGUCAGGGCAAGAAAAGCCCCGUCGCCGGUGCUUCAGAUAUUCUCGUCAGUUUCACAACCGCUUACGAGCAUAUUCCAUCUCACAGGCGGCAAGGCUUAUUCGUGGCCCUUGUUGAGACUUUGGGAUCUCGAGACUUCCUCUUCGCCCUCAUCAGCAUGUUGGUUGACCGCUACGAUACUAGCGAGGCACUCUUGUCCUUUAUUGUGGAUCUUUUGAACAACUUUGACAUCAAGACGCAGCUGGAAACCUUUAUCAAAAUCGUGGACCUUGUAGCCGACCUGUUCAAGCCCAAGCCCGGCAUGUCAUUUGUUCUGCUUGGCAUCAGCGAGGACGGCGACAAAGACAUCGAAAAGGUUGCUCUACGACAGCUCUCAGCUCUCCCGAGCUUUCUGGCCAACAAGAAGCUCCGGUCCCAAAUUGGAAAGCUGGCGGAUCGUGAGGAUAUGGAAGCCGCUGAGGUGCGAGAAUUCUACGCUACGCUGCUGGAGAACAUCUUGCUUCUGGCCGACACCGUCAAGGCAAAUAAGACACUACAUGGACGGUGUGGCUCAUCACUUUCCAAUUUGCUCAAUCUCCUGUCUAUUGGCGAAUUCAUCAAGGCCGUGGAAAACUUGUUGGACCGACCCGACUUAGGUCUCCGCCAAAAGGUCCUGCGUGCUCUCGAAGUACGGGUCGAGACAGAAAGCAACACGGAUCCCGCUUCCAGGAAUGCGCUCUUGGCAUUCUUGCCACAGCUCACGGCUGCCAUACGAGAAUCAAGUGACAUACGAUACAAGCACACUGCAGUUACUUGUGUGGACAAGAUUGCGGAGAAGUAUGGCAAGAAGGAUGUCGAGGCUGUUGUCGCCGCAGCUGCCACCAUUGCCGGCGAACACUGCCUCGGUCAAGAGGAACAGCGUCUCCGUAUCAUGUCUCUACUGUGCUUGACGUCACUUGUUGAUGUGCUGCAAGAUGCAGUCGUACCAGUCCUGCCUAUUGCUAUCCCCCAGGCUGUCAAGUAUCUUGAAGAGAGUCUAGAGGGCGAGACACCUGAUGAGGAGCUUCACUCUGCUUGCUACGGCUUCAUCAGCUCUCUGGCCGAGCACCUCCCGUACAUGCUUUCCACGUACCUUGACAAGAUUCUUCACGUGUCCAACCGAUCAGCCCAAGCUGACUUGGAUGACGAGGCUAAUGAGAGCCGAACUAGCUGCUUGGAGUUCCUGGCCAAGAAGCUGGAUGCAAAGGAAAUAUUCAGCGCCGUGGACCGCAACUGGGAAAGGGCCGUGGAGACGGGAUUUUCUGCCAUUGAUGAACUUCUUGCGGUCUUCUCGAUUGCCGUUGACAAGCACAAUAAGUCUAGCAUUACAAGGAAUAUCUCAGUGCUGUGCAGCAUUUUGCUCAAGGCCUUUGACCUUCGCCGACAAGUGGAUAUGAAAGACGAGAAGAACGAAGCUGCCCUGCGGGAAGUUACAGAUAUCGAAACCAAGUUGAAUGAGACGUCUCUAAAGAUGAUCUACAAGCUCAACGAUGCGGCCUUCCGGCCGUUGUUUGUGCAAAUCGUGGAGUGGACCACUGGUCUCCCGAAGAGCGACAAGGCGGGACGGAAUCUCCGACAGUACAGCGUCUAUGGCUUCCUCAACACAUUCUUUAGCAGCUUGAAGUCAAUUGUCACAAACUAUGCCACGUAUGUGGUUGACGACGCGGUCAAGAUUCUUGCCGGCAUGGAUCCCAAGUCAGUGGAGGACCGUCAGUUAUGGAGCCGUGUCUUGCAGGUUCUUGCUACGUGCUUCGAACAUGAUCAAGACGACUUCUGGCAAGCGCCAUCCCACUUUGGAACUGUCGCCCCCCUGUUGUUGGACCAGUUCCUUCACGCGGGCUCUGUGGAUGUAUCUGAGCGGUUGAUUCCUGCAGUGGUGGAAUUGGCCGCUACAGCCGACUCACAAGCACACCAGAAGGAGAUUAACGCAAGCCUCAUGAAGCAUCUCAAAUCAGAGCAGUCUGUUGUCCGACUGGCAGCAGUCAAGUGUGAGCAAGCACUAACAGAUCGCCUCGGCGAGGAGUGGCUCUCGAUGUUGCAUGAGAUGUUGCCUCGCAUCAGCGAGUUGCAGGAAGACGAUGACGAGGUUGUCGAGAGGGAAACACAUAGAUGGAUUGUCAAGAUUGAGGGCGUGCUGGGAGAGAGUCUAGAUGCUAUGCUGCAGUAA